CCGACUGGUAGUUUUCAUGCGCUAACCAUGAUUGAAUUCUUAUCAGUUAUCAACGAGUUGUAUUAAUUAAAUUUAUUUGUGUUUAAAUGUUUCUGAAAGGCCAAGACAGCAAGACCCAUUUUACAGCGAUUGAUAUGCAAUUCAUCGGCGUCAUGACGUGUUGUCGUUAUUUAAAUCCAUUAAGAUAACGUCCACUUAUGCGGUAGCAAAUUGAUUGUGAAAAUAAACGUUCAUUUAGUGAGCGACUUUGAGUGGAUACUGUCAGCUACAGGUUUUUAUAGUAUUGCAUUAUUCGUGUUUUGAGGGAUUUUCUCUGGAGUUAAUUAACAUGUCUAAUACCAGCAUUGAAGAUGAUGCACUCGCAUUAAAAGGUUACAUCAAAUCAUAUCCAGACUUCCCUUUGCCUGGAAUAUUGUUUAGAGAUAUAUUCAAUGCCUUCCAAAAUAUUGAUGGAUUAAAAUUGUUGAAUAAUAUUUUGAAAAAAUAUGCAAUUGAAAUUGCUGGUAAAGUUGAUUGUGUUGCAAUGUUGGAAGCUCGAGGAUUUUUGUUGGGAACAUUAAUGGCAUUGUAUUUGAAUGUUCCCUGUGUUCCAGUUAGAAAAAAGGGAAAGUUACCUGGAAAAGUUGCUCAACUAGAGUAUAGUUUGGAAUAUGCUAAAGAUGUAUUGGAAGUUCAAGUAGAUGUUUUAAAAGAAGGAAAAAGGGUUCUGGUCAUUGAUGAUUUAUUAGCAACUGGAGGUACUCUUGAUGCUGCUAUUCAACUUUUAAGGAAAACUGGGGCAGAAGUAGUUCAAGCAGUAGUUAUUAUGGAACUAUGUGAUUUAGAAGCUCGCAAAAAAUUUGACAUUCCAAUUAAAUCAUUUAUUCAAUACUAAAUGUUAUAUAAUAUAUAUACAUGAGUAAAUCA